AAGGUCAUUGAGUGAUCAUGUUCCAGCUGUCAAGCAAGAGCAAUUCGAGUCAAUGGAGGACCGAUGAGCUAAUAAGCUCCGUAGAUGUGGCAAAUGUAUGAUCUAGCAUUUACUUAUGUAGAUCUAGAUAGAAUGGUUUAGGGGAAUGGAACCUCAGAAUUGUAUGGCUUGGUUUGGGUUUAGGAUUGACCUUUAAGCUAAUUGGUAGUUGAGUAAACGGACCAUGGCUAAGGUGAUUGGACCCGACAAGUGUUAGAUUGGUUUUAGACCAAUGGUUAACUACAGAAUAAUCCGCUGCGUAUCUGUUGAAAGGAUCUAGGCUAUUAAUGACUAGGGAUGUAGCAUCCCCGAUCCUAGGUAGGAUUGUUGGGACGAGCCACGGUGCGAGGAGACGCACCAGACAGGUCAUUUGGCCUAAGGACAAGCGUAUCAUGGCUCAAAUAAGAAGGUUAAGGGUAUCAGGAAGCUGAGCCUUAACCAGGAUGGAUGGAAGAAAGCUUAGGAGACUUGGCCGAGUAAUCUAGCAGCUGGAUAAGGUCGGGUACAAGCUCAACCAGCUGGGGACAGUGUGAAACCAGCUCAUACGGUCCUUGGUAGCUCAUGGGAGCUGAUAGGUUAGCUCACUCAGCUGAGGCCAGCUCAACUCAGCUCGGUGAAGUGUUAUGGUCCGGGCCGGCUUGGCCGGGUCCGUGGGGUCUUGGCCUUGGGAAAGGGAAUCUGGACAAGGUUAUGGGCCUGAUUUUCGAACAGCCCAAAGGAAAGGAAGAGCAGUUGGGCGGUUACUCCCGAAAAGGUGCAAAGGGGCAGUUUUGUGCCCUUUCUCUUUAACUGCUUGGUCGAUUUCUCCAGGGCAGUUAGGGCUGGCUUUCUCUAUAAAUAGAGAGUCCCUGGCACAGAAAAUGGCACGAAAUUUCUUAGGCAAAGCUCUGCCAAACUCAUAACUGAAAGAAAGAAAGAGAGAGACCGGCGGUUAGAGAAGAGAACCGUGUGUGGUGGUGUUGGCUUGCUGGCGUGUUCAGAGCGUGGGAAGGCCAGGCCGUGAAGAUGGAUACCAGACAAAAAGACAAGGAGAAGGAGAAGGAGAAGGACUUGCCUCCAGGGGAGAGAACGCCUAAGGUUAGUGGUGUAGACUGCAAGGAACGGCCCCGGGCCUGCGGAUGAUCCGUGCGGCCUUGCGGCCGGUUCUCUUGGCAGAUGCAUCCAUUCUCUUUACUUCUUCUGGAGCGCCUGUUCUAAAGUGUGUUGUGAUGUUAUUGGAUUGAUUCAGACAGGGAACACUGGACCAAGGCCAUGGCCGGUCCAAGGAUAAAGUCCUAGGCAUUGGCCGGACUGAUCUAUGGUCGGUUCCGUUGAGAUCUGACUAUGGGAAUCUCUUAGUUGGGAAUUAUCAUGAAUUGUCAUGCAUUUUAUUUAGUUUUUGGGAAUUUAUCUGUGUAUGUCCAAAUUGGACAGAUCCUAGUUCUUAAGGGCCAAACCAUGCCAUUCUAGACUUGUUGCUUAGAUAUCGGCCAUAUGUGUUCAUGAUGUGAUUUAUGUGGUUUCAGGACCAGACUUGGACCGUGGUAAAGGAAAGGUACCGUGAAGUCUCAGGCCAUGGGAAGAUAUGUGGUGAAUGGGUCCUUGUUGAUAAGCGUGUAGUAUUGAUAGCCUAUUGUGCAACUUGUGAACUUAUGAUAGACUAAGUGUGUAAACUAGUAGAUGAACUUAUGAAUGAUGUAUGGAUCUCAUUAUGUUAUAUAUAUACAAUCUGUUUGCCCCUUAUGUUUGUUUGUCUUGAAUGUUAUACUCGAACCUCACCUAAAGGAACUUGAACUUAACACCUAAAGGACCUUAAGAGACCGGAAUCAUUGUAUAAGAACGGAUGUUAAGGCCGCGGUUCAUGGUUGGGCUUAAGAGGCGGCUGGUGCAUCUGGACCAGUUGGGGAAGGCGGGAUCAAUCCUACCCAAGUGCUGCCUGCCCGAGUGUUGCCUACCCAAGCGGGACUGGUAACCAAUGAGACAGGGGAGGCUGUGGCGUCAACCUUGCCUAUGGAGGUUCAGGUAGAUAACCUGGGCGAUCAGCAGGAGUUGGGACGUGAGGAGGAAGGUGAAUCCUCCCAUGCAGGAGACCAGACCAGUCGGGGAACGGGUGCCUUGGAGGCGGCCGAGCCAUCCAUGCGCGAGGUGUUGGAUGUGGUUAACGCCAUGGGCACUCAGAUAUUGGCUUUCACUCAAGCAUUCACCCCAUUGGUGAAUUCUUCCGUGGGCCAGGUCACACCAGCUCAGGCCACAGCUCAGGCUACUCAAAGGGCAGCUCAGACAACUGGGACCGCGGCUGGUUUAGCUCGAGCAGCCGCACAGGUAGCUCGGACAGCUGCAAGGACAGUUGAGGAUCGAGCUACAGUUGAGGCUGAUGUGAUGGAGAUCGAUCCGCCUGUUCGUCCAGUUAGGAGAGUGGAUUACUUGAGCUUGCUAGCUCACAUCUCCAAGCUGGGUACGAAGCAGUUUGCUGGUAGUUCCGAUCCCAUUGAGGCAGACGAGUGGAGGAGCAGGUUAGCUCGAAACUUCAGUUCAACUCGUUGUCCGGAGGAGUACAAGAAAGACAUUGCAGUUCACUUCCUGGAAGGUGACGCACACAACUGGUGGUUGGCAUUGGACAAACGCACCAAUGGGACUAUUGAGCGUUUUUCAGACUUUGAGGUUGAGUUCAACCACAAGUACUUUCCAGCUGAAGCGUGGGACCGCCUGGAGUCUCAGUUCCUGGAUUUGUCCCAGGGACGCAUGACAGUACGUGAGUAUGAGGAGAAGUUCAACCGGCUCAGACGUUACGUAGGUAAAGAGCUGGAAGAGGAGACAGUGCAAAUACGUAGGUUUGUCCGAGGCCUAAGGGUCGAACUUCGGACCUACUGCUCGGUUGGACACUUUCAGACAGUGUCUGAGCUCGUAGAGAGAAUGGCUAUGGUAGAGACCAACCUGGCCGAGGAGGCUAAGCAAAGGUCUAGGAGCCACGUGUCCACUAGUGGUUCCGGGAGUGACCGGAAGAGGAAGAGGGACACGGCCGAGGAGGGUAAAACCUCAAGUGGUAGGCCAGAGUGUUCCAAGUGCGGAAGGCGUCAUGGAGGCGAAUGCUGGAAGGCUAUGGGAGCUUGUACUCGGUGUGGCAAGAUGGAUCAUGCCGCUCGGGACUGUCCAGGGCCGAAACAAGGCCGCAGGCAGGGCUCAAGUGGGGGUGAUACCAGGGGAUGUCACCAUUGUGGAAAGGUAGGACAUUUCAAACGGGAAUGCCCAAAGCUCCAAGCGGAACAAGAGAAGGGCCGCGGUGAGGCAAGCAACCAGAGCCGGGGCCAGACCUCUAACCCAAGGGUUUACGAGCUGUCCAAGGAUGAGGACGAGACUAAACCAUUCAAGUCGAUCACUGGUAAUGAUUCUAGGCUUAUUCUUUUUCCAUUUGGUAGAAUUGCAUGGUACGGAACCUAGAACCGAUUAGAUACUUAGAUUGAGUCUUUGUAGGGACCCUACGUAUUGGUGGUGUG